UUAAGAACCGAAAGCAAAACAGAGAAACAGGAAGAGCAGCAGAACACCGGUGAGUGAAGGAGGGCUCCAUGGCUGGCAUGGUGUACUUUUCAGGCUGGCGGACCUCUGAGGACAGCAAGAGUCUGCCGGAGGGUGAGAAGCCCAAGUCGGGCCGCCUUUACACCAUGUACCACGGCACCAACAUCAACAACGCCCGAGCCAUCAUCACCGGCGGCUUCCAGCCGUCCAGAGGGGGGCUUCUGGGUAAAGGCGUGUAUGUGAGCCGCAACAUCGAGAAGGCCAAGUGUUACCCGCUCCAAACUGACAAGAAGUUGCAGGUGGUCUUCAAGCUGAGGGUGAACGUGGGCAAAGUCAAGAAGAUCGAUAGCGACAACCAUCCUCUUCAGAAGUCCUGGUCCCAGAACGGCUACGACUGCGCCUGGAUCCCACCUCACAGCAACGUGAAGGCCAUCAAGUCCGGUCGCGAGGAGGACUGCGUGUGGGACCCCAGCCGCAUCACCGUGAUGGACGUGGCGGUCUGCGGGGACAAGAGCAAGCACCAGGAGCUGCGGGCGCUCAUCCGCAAGCAGCUAAUCGCAGAAGGCUGUGAACUGUGCGAAAUUAACACGGAGGAACCUCACGACAUUCAGGACUGCUGGCAGUGUGGGAGCAGGAUAUGCCCUUUUGAGAGAGAACAUGUGUGCAUGUCUACAUGAGGCCAGGCCAGACUAGGCAAGAAGAAGGAAUCUGAAGCAAAAAUAGGCCUAGUUAAACAAUAAAGGAGAAGGGCGGAUUCAUGUAGCUGUGGGUUGUGGGAGAGGGUGUAUAAUACAGUAGGUGUACUAGGCAUUAACUGCAUAUCUUCCUUGGGUUUUUCCACCUCCAGAAGUCCAAUUACGACGGUUUUGUGACUUUAUCACAAAUAGUCAAACCAUGUUUUUUUAUAAACUCUUUACUGUUUAUCCCUUAGACCUGGAGUUUGGACAGAAUUAGGCCCCAUUCACACUAUGGCAUUAACAUGCAUCCUGGGUGAACCGAUCAUAAGUGGCCAGCAAAAAUGACAGGUAUGAACAAUAUUGAUAUAGAGUAGAGAUAUAUUGUAUUGUUUUCAAUACACUGUCAAUAUGAGGUGUCAGAUAUAGUUUUUAUUAAUUGAAAUAUAGGUGAGCUAAACUCCCUAACACUCGCUUGCCAAUUUCACUAACUAAAGUUACUGCUUCAUUACUCCAUGUGGUGGCGCUAAUCAAAUGAAUAGGGUAAACCUGUGGUGAAGAAUAUUGGUUUGAGAUUCUGUGAAACUGACACCAAUAAAUCCAUAAUUUCUGGUAUUUACUUAUUUCUUCAGAGGAUAAAACACAGAUGCUAUAAAGUGUCUUAGAUAAUUGUCUUGUUAUAUAUGAUGUAUCACAGAAUCACGGUAUUGUGAUAUCAUUAUUGUGGGCAAUGUAUCAUGAUAUUAUAAUAUCGAUAAUAUAAUAUAUGAUAAUAUUGUAAGAUGUCCUGUGAUUCUCACUCCUAAUAUGGACAAGAUACAAUGUCUCAGGGAUGCAUUGUAAUUCGAUCAUCAUAAUCAAUGACCACAACUUGCAUUAACCGCAAAAACUAGUUGCUUCAUCUUGAUUUUUUUUCACAUCAUUGGAGAAAAUCAACACCUUUUGUCUUUUACGGAAUAUGAUAGUAGUCUAAUAAAUGCAGUCCAUUCUGGAUUUACACCUCUAUGUUCUCCUAGCCAGAUCUGCAGGUGAAAGAAAUACUCCUGAUUUUAUUUUUUUGAUGUGUGGUGGAGGCAUCUUCAAAGUUGGUUAGGCUUUUUAGACUCUUCCAUUAGGAAAUGCACUUUUUUGUGUUUUUCCACCAGAUGCCACCUCAACAUGCUGCUAUUUAGGUACUGAAUAUUUACUGUCUCCACCUUAAAUCUUGUUAUUACUUUUUGUGAGACUGAAUGUUUGAGUUUAAUCACUGAGGAUAUGAGUAAGGGUUUGUGUACAGCUGUUUUUAUUGCUACAAUGACACCUAAAUUGAGGAGUCACUUUUAUUUCUAUCAUUUGUACAGAGAUUUAAUUUCCCAUGCAAAUCAGCCAUUUACAUUACUUACUUCCUGUGGUAAAAUGACCUUAAUUUUUUUCUUCAAAUAUCGUUUUUUAUGCUGUCUCGAGACAAAGUAUUUGGCAUUUUUAUCACAUUAAAGGUAAUAGGUAAAUGUAUUGGCUAGUGUUCAUAACAAACAGUCAGACAUACACUAUAUUGCCAAAAGUAUCUGCUUGCCUGCAUUGUGUUUAGUGAAAUAAGACUUGGAUGAAGCUGCUCAGCCAUGGAACCUCAUUUUAAUGAUGAGUGUGUCUACACUCUACUGUUCUUGAUCUAAUCUGAAGCUAAAUGAAGUUUGGAGGUGUGUAGUGCAGAAAGUUGGUGAACUCUGUGCACUAUGCUCCUCAGCAUCCGCUGACCCCACUCUGUUAUUUUACACUGACGGAGCACAGAGUCGCUGUCCUUCCCAGUCUCUUCCACUGUGUUAUAAUAUCACUGACAUUUGGCUGUGGAAUAUUUAGUAGUGAGAAAAUUUCACCAAUGGAUUUGUUGUACAGGAGCUGCAUCCUAUCAUGGUACCACAGUGCUGGAGUUCACUGAGCUCCUGAGAGAGAGAGAGACAUAUUCUUUCAGUAAUAUUUGUAGAAGCAGUCUGCAUGACUAGGGGCUUGGUUCUAUACACCUGUGGCCAUAGAAGUGAUUAGAAUAUAAAUUCAAUGAUUUUAAUGGGUGAGCGAAUACUUUCAGCAAUGCAGUGUAUCCUUUUGAGUCUCUUUUUGUUCUAUAAUGUUUCUGAAUAUGUAUGCUGUCUACCAGCUUCACCUCAUUAAAUUUAGUUUCAAAAGUC